GGCGGGCUCUCUUCGCCGGGACGUAGACCAUCAGUUGAAUGAAUUUGCGUGCGAUUGUGAAGUGUUGAUCGCGUGUCCGGUGACAGUUGGUGCAGUUGUAGCACUGUCGUUAACAGUAGAAGUAUUAAACGAAACAAAAAACAACAACAACACUUCGCUAUGUCCUGUUUAAGUACUUUUUCGGCUUCAGUCGCGUUUGCGCUGAUACUCGGCGUGAGCGGCGCCCUGAAGGAUGGAGACUGCGAAGUGUGCGUGCGCUUCCUGGGCAGCUUCUACGAGUCGCUGAGCGAGGGGCGCGUGCCGUUCCGCGGCGCCGACAUCGAGAACGCGCUCGUGCAGCGCUGCCGACACGCCGCGGGUAAAGAGAACCGGCUGUGUUACUACAUCGGGGCAACAAGUGACGCGGCCACCAAGAUACUCAACGAGGUCUCGAGGCCCAUGAGCCACCACGUGCCCGUGGAGAAGAUCUGCGAGAAGCUGAAGAAGAAGGACGGGCAGAUCUGCGAGCUCAGAUACGACAAAGAAGUUGAGGACCUGAGCCCGGAGGGCCUGAAAAAGCUCAAGGUGAAGGACCUGAAGAAGAUCCUAGACAAAUGGGGCGAGGCUUGCAAGGGCUGCGUGGAGAAAUCGGACUUCGUCCGCAGAAUCGAUGAGCUUCUGCCCAAACAUGCGCCCGGCGCAGCUGAAAGGAGGACAGAGCUUUGACAGCCGCGCAGGGAGCGGUGGGGACGUCUCUGACACGCCGGAAUGACUGUAGUUUCUUCUUGAAGCCGUUUUUAUAAUUUAUGAAAUUUAUAUUCCGAAAGAAAAACUGCACUAUGAAGUGUAGGAAGAGCUGACGUUUCCUGUCGCAUUCAUAUUCUGUCACCCCUGUAGAGUUUGAAACCAGCUGAAGUGUAUCAAUAAUAUAUAUAUUUUUUAAUUAAAAGAGAAACUGACAUGAAACUCAGCCCUGUGGUAUGGAGAGAAAGUGUAAACGC